AUGCUCGUUGAACGUCUUGACAGUUCUCAAAACUUGACACUGAAGUCGACGCUGCUUUUCGGCUUUGUGGCUGCCAUUCUUGUCGAUGGUUUUCCUCCGCAGAAGAUGAAGUCUGAAAUGUGCGUGGACGUUUUCAUCUUCUUGGUGCCUUGGGGGAUUUGCUUGCUCUUUCAAUCCAUGACCUUUGCGGUGCUCUACCAACGGGGAAUGAUGACCAUCGGUCACCGACAUCUGCGGGAAUUGCAGCUCCUGGUCUCCAAGCAGGCGGAGGAGGAGAAGGACCAAGGUGAGACCUUUGUUGAGAUCCUCGGAGCCCACUGGCAUCAGAGGCGUAGGCAACUGACUGAGAGGUUGCCCCAUCGGGGUGGAGCUAGGCAUGUUGCUGGACUCGCUGUCUCAGCGGCUUGGGGUCUGGUGGCACGAAUUUUUGCCUUUGCACCGGGUCCACCUGCGAGAGCAGGAUUCUCUGUGGACUCUGAAGAUUCUGAUGAUGACUGGUGGAGUGUUUCGGAGUCAUCUGGAAAGAUGGAGUCCCCUCCUUCGCGAAUUGCGUUGGAUUACUUGACAAUGGAACUCCAUGCUGAAACCUCGGCGACUCAUGAGAUGGAAGCCAAGCCAGGAAAGCAGACCAAGCUAUCUCCGGGCUGCGCCGGAGUACAAAGCGGGCAUCUCCCGCCAAAGCUCCACGUGACAGAAAUGAGCAACAUGCCAGAGGUUCAGGCCAUAGAGCUCUACGAAGACCAAGCGCAUCGCACUGUGGUGGGAGGAAGCUUUUUUACACUUCUGUGCUUGGGGUUCUUGGUUGUAUCCCGAUUGCACAUGCGGCGUGAAGAGUACACAGAUCAUCCGAUGGCGUUCUAUGCCCGGCUUGGCAUCUUUCUGCCGCCGCUCAUGGUGGCUGCUUUUGCAAGCCUGAUUCGCCCAUACCCGGACAAGCGGCACGAUUUCCAUAAGACGGGCAAAGACUUCUCCAAUCCCACGCUGAUCAUGGCGGCUACCCACUGUGGAGUUCUUCUGGCCGUGGCCAUCUCCUCCACAUCCUUAGCCGUGGCUGUAAGGCUGCAUUUGCCACCUCUUCAGCUGGCGCUUGGUCCACUGCGGCCCUCGCCUGUGGCUUCUCUGGCAGAGUGGUCUGUCGAGCAGUGGCCAAUGUUCUUCAACCCUACUGGCAUUGUGGCUUUGGAGGAUGCGCUUAUCCUGACCACGGACUUUCGCGUGGCAAGAUUUGGGCUGCGAGAAGCAGACCUCACCGCGAUUUUGCAGGACGAGCAGCCCCUGCCUGGCAUGGAGAUCAACGGAGCUGCAGUGGUGAACAACUCCGUGCUGGUGGCCGGGCGGCACAACCUCCACCGCUUCUCGGCUGGGCCGCUUGCUCAUUUUCCCUGGAAUCCUGUGUCUCACGCUGGUUUGCGCAUGGCUUUUGCCAUCAACGCCAGCAUGGAGGUUCAGGCCAUCUCUGGUCUGACAUAUUGGGCCCAGAAAGAUUUGCUGUUCAUGGCUGGCCCUUCAUUGGGCGUCGUGGCCGCGAGGCUUUCGAGUUUAAGUGGUCAUGAGCCGUUGACAGUGAGCCUAGACUUCCGCCUCGCCCUGGACGAGGCUGUGUCUGCGCUACAAGUGGAUGAGGCCAAAAAGCUACUUUAUGCUCUUCUGGCCUCUGGGGAACUGCUUGUUUUGGACCUUGCAGACAACCCAGGAGCGGUGCUUCAACGGCACAGGCUCCCACAAGCAGCCGCUGACCUGUACAAGGAUUCCGAGGCUGGCAUUGUCAAGUGGACAGGCAUUGCGAGCCUGGGGCACAAAGUGUUUGCCGUGACACAUAGUCCUGCAAAAAUAUUUAGCUUUGAGCUACCUCCUUCAGUGAGGCAAAGUUGCAGCUCAGCCAAUUUGCGCAGAUGUAAGACCAGCGUCUGA